AUGUCUCCGAUAACUUAUAAUCACCUCGCCGAUUGCGACCCGGUUCCAGACAAACGACCCCACUCGCCAGCGCCAGCGACAGUGUCAGAGUCAGAGUCAGUGCAAGAGACACAGACACCAGCCGCAUGGGGCAUUGGAUGGAGGUGUCCGGCCCUGAUGGUCGGGCUCGUUAUUUCCGGUGCGAUGCUGUCUGUGGGUCAUCAUUACUAUUACAAGAGCUUCGACGGCGGUCGUGUCGCGUCUCGCGAGGAACAAACUUGGGCGAUCCGGAUUGGAACUGGCUUUGCCUUUUUGAUCAAAUCAUGCCUGGUGUCCGCGGUUGGCCUUGCAGCAGUGCAGGAGACCUGGGCCACCCUCCGUCGGAAGAGUGUCCGGCUCAGUGGGAUCGAUAGCAUGUUUGCCAUCCGGGACAGCCCUCUUGCUUUCCUCACCCUGGACUUAUGGAUCUACGCAAAGACGCUGACCGUGCUGGGGAUUGUUUCCUGGUAUGUGCACCUCCAUGGCUAUUCGUGA